AUGUCCGGACUAUUUGAGCCCCUGCGCAUCGGCAAUGUCGAAUUGCAGCACCGAGCCGUCAUGGCCCCUCUCACUCGCAUGCGCUGCGAUGCCGAACAUGUCCCCCUCCCAUUUAUGAAGAAGUACUACGAGCAACGCGCUUCAGUCCCGGGAACAUUGAUCAUUGCCGAAGCCACCCUUAUCUCAGCCACUGAAGCUGGCAUCCCUCAUGGCCCAGGAAUUUGGACCGAGGACCAAAUCCAGGCAUGGAAGCAGAUCACGGACGCCGUUCACGCCAAGGGCAGCUCCAUCUUUUGUCAAUUGAUCGCUCUCGGUCGAGCUGGCAGCCCGGAGCAGUUGAAGAAGCGAGGAAACGGUCUCUUCGCGCCCAGUCCCCUCCAAAUGGAGGAGGGCAUGCAGCUCCCCGAAGAGCUGUGCGAGGAACAGAUCCAAGACAUUAUUGCGGAUUUCGCAACCGCCGCGAAGAACUGUAUCCGGGCCGGAUUUGACGGUGUCGAGGUCCACGGUGCUAAUGGGUACCUGGUCGACCAGUUCACGCAAGAUAUCUCUAACCAGAGACAAGACCAGUGGGGUGGAAGUGUUCCGAACCGCGCCCGGUUUGGUAUCGAGGUGGCUAAGGCAUUGGUGGAUGCUGUUGGAGCCGACAAGGUCGGAUUCAGAGUCAGCCCAUGGAAUACCUGGCAGGGCAUGAAGAUGGCCGACCCAGUUCCUCAGUUCUCAUACCUUGUCGAGCAGCUGAAGGAGCUCAAGCUUGCUUAUCUCCAUGUCGUCGAGUCCCGAGUGAUCAACAACGUGGACUGUGAAAAGACAGAGAGUAUUAAGUUCCUUUUCGAUAUCUGGGGCAAGACUUCACCGGUGCUUGUUGCGGGUGGAUACAACCCCGGCAAUAUCCAAGCUGCACUUGAAGACGAAUACAAGGACAAUGAUGUUGCUGUAGUCUUUGGCCGCUACUUCAUUUCCAACCCCGAUCUUCCCUUCCGGCUGAAGCACCAGAUUCCUCUGACCCGGUAUGACCGGUCUACUUUCUAUGCGGCUAUGUCGGAAGACGGCUAUGCGGGAUAUCCAUUCAGUGAGGAGUUUCUCAAGCAGUAA